CAUAAACUCCAUUUCGUUUUAUCAUAUAUGCAUGUGUAUAUAAUUGUGUUUCGCUAGAUAGUAUCGUUUGUACUAUUUAAGAAAUUUAUAUUUGUGUGUUUUGAUUUGUUUCCUUCUUUGUCGCGAAGUGCUUUUUCAAAUUUCAGGAUGUCGCGGGCACCGAUAGUAUAUUAAAUAUUUCAGUUUAAGUUUUAUUCGUUGUUUUAUAUAUUCAAAAUUGUACGAAAUUUAUGCAGUCUAUUGAGAUGCAGUUUUUUAAUUUAUUCGAAUUAUUUUCAUUAGAAAAUUUCAACUUAGAAAAGAUAGAAUACAAUAAGUAGAUACGCAAUGCAUUUUAACAUGUGUCAAAUUUAGUAUUCAUAACAAUAUGAAUAAGAAAACCAUUCUUUUGAUUGCUUGAGCAAUUAGUGUAAAAACACCUAUAAAAAUGGCAUCUAUGGAAGUUGAUGAUUUAUUGUCUGGUCCACUGGUAACAUGGUUUGCCAGUUGUUUGGAGGAUCCUAAUUUAUUAACUAGUUAUGACGAUUUGGUGGAUGGCAUAUUAUUACACAAUGUAUUUUUGCAAAUAGAUCCAGAACCGUUACAUGAUGAAAUAAUAACUCCAGAAGAAAGUUCAUUAAUUCGUGCAAAAAAUUUAAAAGUUAUAGUAGAUAAUAUGAAGCAGUUUUAUGAAGAAGAAUUAGGUCAUUUAGUUUUAAGGAUACCAGAUACAACGAACCUAGGGAAAGAGCCAGAACUUUAUGUUUCUGAAAUGAAAUUACUAUUACUAUUACUUCUUGGUUGUGCUGUACAGUGUCCAAAUAAGGAGAAAUUUAUUACAAGAAUAAAGACGUUGAACGUUGACACACAGCUUGCAAUAGUGGAAUGCAUUAAACAAGUCACAGAUUAUCAAGAUAUAGUUCUUUCUCAAGAUGCAAUGGAAAAUGUAAAUAUGGGUAAUUUAUUUAUGCAGAUAAAAAAAUUAAGUCAAGAGUUAGAUGUAUAUCGUCAGAGAUGGAGAGAGACUGGAAUAAAUGAAAAUGCUGUAAGGAAUGAUUCUUCUAAUAAUGUAGAAGCAGAUGACAUGAAUAAAGUUCAGUUAUCUAAUCCUAUUAUUAAAUCAGAACGUGAAGAUAAUCAUCAUUAUGCAGUUGAAUUGGCAGAUUGGAAAUCCAAAGUUAGGAAACAACGACAAGAAUUGGAAGAAAAAACUGAGGCGUUGUUAGAGUGUAAAGAGGAACUAGAGUAUCACAAAAUGUUGGUGACUAAAUUAAAGCAAGAGAAUCAUGAUUUGAUGCAUGAAGCACGCACAGCAAAGUCUUAUAGGGAUGAACUAGAUGCUGUUAUUGAAAGAGCAGAUCGUGCUGAUCGAUUGGAGCAAGAAGUAGUAAGAUACAGAGAAAAACUUACAGAUAUUGAAUUUUAUAAAACACGUAUAGAAGAACUAAGGGAGGAUAAUAGAGUCUUGAUGGAGACCAGAGAAAUGCUUGAAGACCAAUUGAAUUCAUCAAGAAGAAGAGCAGAUAAAGUGUUGGAGCUUGAAUCCGAAAUAAUUAAGUAUAAACAGCUAUUAAAUGACAUGGCAUUGGAACGUGCAGCAGAUAAAGAAAAGUAUCAAGAACUUGUUGAAGAGAAUACACAAUUGCAUAAAUUGACGAAAGCUGCAGCAAAUGAAGCUGCAUUAGCUGAAGCUAUAAGUGAUUCCGAUGAGUCAGUUCAAACUGACAAUAGAUUGUCUGAACAAUUGACGAAUAAUGCUCAAACACGAGCAUUAAAAUUAGAGUUGGAAAAUCGACGAUUACUCACUUUGAUAGAUUCUUUAAAAGAAAACUCAUUUCAUGAGAAUUCAUCUCGUGUGUUGGAAUUAGAAAAAGAGAAAAAGAAACAAUCUUUAAAAAUCGAAUCAUUGAAUGAUAAUAUUGAAAGGCUUACACAACAAAAUACAGAUCUAGAAUUAGUUUGGAAACAAGCUCUUGAGGAGAACAAGAAAUUACAAAAUUCGCUAAAAAGUCAAAGAGCAUCGUCUGAGAAACAACAACAAGAAUUUCAAGCUCAGCAUACAAAAAUGAUAGAAUUGGAAAAAAAUUGUGAUACGGCAGUGAAGGAAAAGCAAAGAGUUCAAUCUUUAUUAGAAAGCGUGCAAAGGCGAGCAGAUGAUUUAGAUCGGUCUUUAGAACUCGCUAAUCAGAAAGUAGAGGAAUUAAGGAUUAUGGAAAAUAAUAUAAAAGAAUUAACUACUAAGUGUCUUGAUUUUGAAUCUAAAUUAACGACGCUAGAGAAGGAGAAGGAUAUAGCACAACGUGAUGUUCAUCGUUAUAGGGAAACAAUAGAGGAGAAAGAUGUUGCAUUGGACAAAGCAGCAAAUAGUAUUGAAGUUUUAGAGAAGAAAGUAACACAGCUAGAACAAGAACUUCAUGAUUAUGUUGCACAAAUUUCAAGAUUGCAGGAAAUUGAAAGAUCUAGCAAAGAGUUGGAUUCACGGGCAGCUAUCGACAGAGAAACCCUAGAGAUUUUACAAUCGAAUUUGGUAGCUGAAAAAUUGAAUACUCAACAAUUAUACACAGUUCUGGAAAAACUUGGACUUAGUGAUAAUAUGUUAUUGUCACUUCCGUUAGAUAAUAUCCUCCAAAAAAUUGCACAAAUUCCAGAUGUAGUUGAUUAUGUUCAACAGGCAAAUAAUUCUUAUUCAUGUGCAAACUUUGUCUCGAAAUCUACAAGUCAUGACAGCAACGAAACUAUUAAUAUACAUAACACAUUAGAAGCAACUGUAGAAUCACUGAAGAAGGAGCAAGAACAUUUGCAUGUAAAAUUAGUCAGCACACAAACAGCAUCUGAGAAUCUUCUGUCUGAUAAUGCAAAACUUCAAGUACAGAUUACAACGUUACAAUCUCAGAAUAAUUCUUUGACAGCACAGCAUACUGCUUUGCAACUUGCAAACUCGCAGCUUGUUGCUGAGAAAGAAGAGUUGUUGAAGGAACGCACUACUCAACAACAGACACAUAUGCAGCUUCUUCAUGACCAAGACACUUUGCAAUCCUUGCACGAACAAUUAAAUAACGAGUAUGAAAAUUUAUUCCAUGAGCAUGAUGCUUUAAAAUCGAAUUUACGAGACGUAAAGAAUGAAAUUAGAAUGUUACGCGAGUCUUACGAUGGAUUGGAAGGGAAAAAUAAGGCACUCCAAGCAGAAAAGGAAUCCUUAGUAAAUAAUGCAAAAAGUUUAAAUAAUUUAAGAGGAGAACAUUCCAAAUUAAAGGAUGACUUCAGAAAUUUGUACACUGCUACCGAAAAAUUAAAAAUGGAGUACAGGAAUUUACAAGAGGAUUAUCGAAAAAAUAAAAUUGAAACGAAUCGAUUAAGUCUUAAGUUAACGGAAAUGCAAGGAGAACUUAGCAGCAGGGACGAAAGGUGUUCCAAUUUGGAACUUCAAUUUAACAAACUUAAUAAGUGUUGUGAAAUGUUGUUACAUAUGAACGCUGGGUUAGACAAAGAUAAACGUUCAUUAAUGGAUCAUAUUAGUUUAUUAUUCUCUCAGUAUCAUGAACUUUUAACUAGAUCUCUUGAAGAUAAGGAACAGUAUCACAUGGAGGAAAAGAUGUAUACGGACAAAGUGAAUCAUUUGUACAGACAAAAGGAGAAAUUAGAAGAUAAGAUUAUGGAACAUUACAGGAAAUUAGAAAGCUGUACUCCAAAGAAGAAAGGAUUCGGAGCUAAUUUAGUGAGAAGGGUCAGAAAAGCUGGGUCAGAACUGCUCAAUAAGAAUCGACGAUCUUGGGCAGAAGAUUCCAAGCAUUCAGAAGGGAAAACAUAUGAAUCAGAAUCUGGUGGAAAUGAUUCAGAUGCUAGUACGGAAGAGCAUUUAGCUGGAUCGGCUAAUAGAGGUCUGGGAUCAGAUACACUAUCUCUUGGUCAUCCAGGAACAAGGAGAACAGUAUAUUAUACUGAUGAUUCUCCACCACCAUCAACUACCUUACCAGAACAAAGUGAGGAAAGACGUUCAGUGUUGAUGGAUGAGUCUCCGAGACCAGAGAUACAAGUAGAACCUCGACCAGUUCUUAUAUAUAAUAAGGUUUCAGCAGUGAUAAACGAAUCAAAAAAUAUUAAUAACGAAAUGAAAGAUGUAGGACAGGAACAAAUGAUAAUGGACCCUCCUAUGGACAAAGAUCCAAAGGCAGGCAGUCCUGUGUGGUACGAAUAUGGUUGUGUAUAA